AUGUCCGGUGAGAUAUUUUUUGACUUCGGCGUGAAACCAGUUAAGAAACGGAAAAGUCAAGUGCGUGAAAAUCAGGUGGAAUCAACGGAGAAUGAGGAAGAAAAUGAAAAUUCGGAAGUUAGAGGUGGAAGGGAAAAAAAUCACAUUUGGAAACGUACCGACUAUACAAAAGCUAGUGCUGUGGAUGCAAUGGGUCUUUACAGCAGCGGUAAACAAAAUGAAAGUGACAAUUCAGCAACGCGAAGGAAAGUUCGUUUAUUGCGUAAACCGAAAAGGAAAUCGAAACAUCGGCAAAGAAUUCGCGGAAAAGAAAGAAAAGAUGAGAAACAGAAGAAAGAUGAGGAAGAGAUUAUUUCAUUGUCGAGUGAAAUAAGUAAGAGUGAAAAGGAUGAGAAAGAACGGAAAAAGCGAAAAAAAAGAAAAAAGAAACGUUCGGAUGAGUCAACUAACGGUCGCGAAAUUGACAGGAAAGGUCGAAUCCUGAAAACGAAGAAGAAACGUCGACCGUUCAGGCCAAAAGAUAACGAUGAUGAGGAUGAUACUGGAUUAGAAAAGCGAGCAGUGACUAUUUCGGCACCUGCUGUCCAUUCAUCAUCACAACCGCACCCACCGGUACACGUGGAGGAAAACACGAAGACGGCGCUCUGUGCACCAUCAAUGGAAUCAAUGUUACCGGAUGAUGAUGACAUGGACGAUAUAAAGCCACCGGUCAGUUAUAAAGCUAUGUAUGAGGGUGGAUCGGAAUCGAAGUAUACCGAUAUGGAAUGGUCUGUGGAACUACGAUACUGGAUUGUACUUGUUGUAUUCAUAUCUUUACUCAUUAUUUACCGUAGUUUGUUGCCUCCUCUCCAAUGUGACACCAAAUUUCAAUAG